AUGGGCGACACCGCGGCGGACGCGACGGAGCCGAGCAGGUUCGGCAGGAUCUGCGUCUUCUGCGGCAGCAACCCCGGCAAUCGCGCGGUCUACGGGGACGCCGCGCUCGACCUCGGCAAAGAGCUGGUAAUGCGCCGCCGAUGGCAAGGCUGCGCCCGCGGCUCGGCCGGCUGCUUCAAAAUUUCUGAUCUUUGGCUCGAUUGCUUGCUCGCUCGCUCACGCUCCGUGGCGGGAUUCCGCGGGUUCUCGCCUUUGCAGUUGGCGAGGGGGGUCGAUUUGGUCUACGGCGGCGGCAGCGUCGGGCUCAUGGGCCUGAUCGCGCAGACGGUUCUUGAUGGCGGCUGCAGUGUCCUCGGGGUGAUUCCAAGAGCACUCAUGCCGCUUGAGAUAUCUGGUGCUAGCGUUGGAGAAGUAAAGGUUGUCUCUGAUAUGCACGAAAGGAAAGCUGAGAUGGCGCGACAAGCUGACGCCUUCAUUGCUCUUCCUGGAGGGUAUGGAACAAUGGAAGAGUUGUUAGAGAUGAUAACAUGGUCACAACUAGGAAUUCAUGACAAACCAGUUGGAUUGCUUAAUGUUGAUGGUUACUACGACCCGUUGCUCAUGCUAUUUGAUAAAGGGGCGAUGGAAGGUUUUAUUAAGCUAGAUUGCAGAGAUAUAAUUGUUUCAGCGCCAACUGCCCAUGAAUUACUGGAGAAAAUGGAGCACUACACUCGGUCACACCAGGAGGUUGCCCCACGGACGAGCUGGGAGAUGUCAGAGCUGGGCUAUGGAAAAGCACCAGAGUCAUAG